AUACCUCGCGUGGCCAACGGCUCUCCACCGAUCGCUCGCUCGCUCGUUCGCUCAUUGAAUUACAGUUUUCAGCCUGUUCAGCGCGAUUUACUGCAAUAAUCUGGAACCAACCAGGCCGGAGUAGCUCAUCUAACAUCUAGUGUUUUGCAUACACUUUUCCGGCCUUCUUUUUGUCUGACUGCAGCGUUGGGGCUUGCUUUCCUGGGCUCGCUGGCUGGGUUUUGGUCGGGGAGGCAGGGGAAGUACGGAGCUGGUCCGGAGCGAUGAUGGAGCUAGAGUCGGCCAGUGGUAGAGGCGAGCUGGGAGCUGUGGGGGACUCGCUGCAACCACAGACUCCCAGCAGGCACGAGAAGAGCCUGGGACUCCUCACCACUAAGUUUGUGACUUUGCUACAAGAGGCGAAGGACGGAGUGCUGGAUCUGAAAGCGGCUGCCGACACCUUGGCAGUGCGGCAGAAACGACGAAUCUAUGAUAUCACUAAUGUGUUGGAGGGCAUUGGAUUAAUCGAGAAGAAGUCUAAGAACAGCAUCCAAUGGAAGGGCGUAGGACCAGGAUGUAACACCAGAGAGAUAGCCGACAAGCUAAUCGAUCUGAAGGCCGAGCUAGAUGACCUGGCUCUGAGGGAAAAUGAGCUGGACCAGCAGAGAGUCUGGGUCCAACAGAGCAUCAAGAAUGUGACAGACGACUCUAACAACAGCCCUAUGGCGUAUAUAAAACAUGAUGACCUCUGCGGAGCCUUCAAAGGUGACACCCUCCUAGCGAUCCGCGCUCCCAUCGGCACACAGCUGGAGGUCCCCAUACCAGAACUGAUCCUCAAUGGACAAAAGAAAUACCAGAUCCGUCUCAAGAGUUCAUCCGGUCCCAUUGAGGUUUUGCUGGUCAAUAAGGACCCGUCCAGUGCCUCUCCGGUUGUUUUACCCGUCCCUCCUCCAGAUGACAUCCUUCAAAGCCUCCCAGCACCGACACCUACCUCUCAGCCGCCCACUGCUGCCCCCCAGGUCUUGAAAGCAGCAUCUAUAAAACCUGCUACACCGUCAGUUACAGCAACCACCCAGACAGCCUCAGUGACGGAAGUGACGAGCACCACGCCGCUCACGCCAACAACAGACUCACCCGCUACAUUAAGUCAGCAGCUCCAGUCUUCUGCCUCUUUGGACGGAUCUGUGUCAGCUGCUGCCUCUGCAUUGUUUCAACCAAUCAAGUCAGAUCCCUCUGAAAUGCUGGACUUUCCCAAAGAACUCUCAGAUAUGUUUGAUCCAACAAAAGAGAUGAUGAGUGGAGACCUUUUGGAUGACUUGAUGUCUUCAGAAGUGUUCUCGCCUCUCCUCCGUCUGUCCCCCCCGCCCAGCGACCAUGACUACAUUUACAACCUGGACGAGACAGAAGGCCUGUGUGACCUCUUCGACGUGCCCAUCCUUAAUCUCUGACCCCUAAAACAGUUGUCAAAGUGGGAAACGAUUUUCCAAACUUGCUAAUCUACCCUAGUGUUGCCCCAGCUUGCAGUGGAGGUGCGAAGAGGUGCAGGAAAGCCAAUAUGAUGAUGAUGAGCGUUCAUGGACACCUCUGCACUGCCACGAUAAGCUGAGCUCAGUCAGACAGUAGCUCCAUGUACAGCCUCGUGAAGAGACAAAGGCGAGAACAACACAAUUUACUUACUGCCUUCCCCUGGAAACAGUCAAAACAAAUGACCAAUAAUUAUAUUUUUUCGAUCAAUAUGUAUGAUACAAAAAACGUCUUGUUUGUAUAUCAGCUUUCCCAUGUGCUUGUGAGUGACUGGAGUUUGCAUACCUGUGCGUCUGUGUGCUUGAGUUUUGUAUUGAAUGCUCUCCUGUCGGAUGUCUCCAGGAGAAAAAGAGAAACCAUUUACCUGUCAGGUAAAAAGUCCCGGCAUACUAACAGAGCCUUUGCCACCCGGCAGCUGCUCACGCAUGGCUCGAGUCCAAACACAGCUGGUUAAAUAUGCACUGUCCUCAUGUACAUAGAGAAUAUAUAUUUUGUAUUACCAGAAGAUCACAAGACUAUUGUGUGAUGAUGAACAACAUUUGUCACACAGGCAGAGUAAUAGUUUGCAAAUAAACAAAGGUUCCAGACACAAAUAAUCAUUUAUGAAUCGCUUUGUUUUUACAUAUGAGAAUGUAUCUCCAUCAAACCCGUCACAGUUUGAAGUGUUCUUUUGAACCAGUUAGAGAAAAAGGACAUUUAAGGUGAGUUACUGCAGCCAACACACUUUCUCACAAAAAGAGCCAAGGACCAAAACGAUGCAGGGAUUUUAUGGGGGGGGUUUAGAAAUGUACAUUUUAUAAAUAAAUACUUUUUAGAUCAUCAAGGUGAUUUUUUAAAAAGGAAUGUCUCCUCUAACUGGUUCUAGUACCACUUCUGCAACGAGAUUUGACCUUGCCUUGGACAUUUGAACAUUGUUCUGAUAAAUACAUAACAUAACUGGAACACGUCAUAAGACAAGAGUUUUCUCCCCCUCGCCAAAAUGGUUUCUGUGGUGAUUUGGCUUUCAAUUGUUAUGUAUGUAGAUGAAUACCAUUGUACUCAGUUCAUUUGUAUGUAAAGGGUCAUGUAUGUAUGGAUUUUUACUGAUGCACUGAAUAUAUUAAUGAUGUCAUGGAAAACACUCCUGAUUUGUUCUUGUUUUUGUAUAUUUUGCAAAGAUUAAAUAGUUUUUCAAUGUUUUCUCUGGUUCUCCUCAAAACACACUGCUUAUCAGUCUAAAUUUUAUUUUUCAAACGUUUUCAUUUUUUCUCUGUGCAGUGGGUAGCAGGAUGUGUUAUUAAUCUAAUAACAAUAUGGAGAUUAUUCACAUCUCUGCAGUGCUUUUUAUGUAAUAUCCUCCUGUUUUUGCCCUUGAUGUGCAUGAAUGUACUGUUAAUAUUCUUACCGCUUGUAUAGAAUAGCAUUUAUUUUUUAUACUUGAUAUACAUAUUAUAACUGCUAAUAAUUUGGGGAUACACUUCAUAGCUUUUGAAUUUCAUCCACAAAAUAUGCUGCUUAAUCAAAGCAUCCUGUGUCAUUGUUGCACUUCACAUCAGACAUCAUCUUAUCCGUUCCCAAUCAGGAGCCAGUCAUUGUGUUUGGACAGUGCUAGGGAGUUAAACAGAACUGGGGUGAAUUAAUGUUGUUUGUGUGUGUGUGAGAGAGACUCAAUCCUACUAUUGUCAAGUUCAUAUGCAUCAAAUGAAGCAAAAAUAAAAUCUCUGGUAUUCUUUGUGAAUUCUA